AUGGACGCUCGCACAGGUGUCUUGACAGACGCGGCCAGCGCUUAUCAGAGGCUGGUGCCUUCGGGUGAGGAUCCCUACAAGGACGACUCGAUCUUGGUGGGAAACUUCGGGAAUACCUUGAUGAAUUCGAGUGUGUCCACUGGUGUGUACAUCAAGCAUGGAUCUCUGAGCAACAUCUUCACAAACCUGGAGGACGUUACCCUGGCAGUGGCAACCUUGCACAGCAACACCAGCCUCUUGCAUUCGACGCUGGAGCUGUCGCAUCCGUUUAGGGAAGUGAUCUACUUGCACUACAGAUCUGUCGAUGGAAGCACUUCCUUCGCGUCCCAAGUCAACGAAACAAAGAGUGCUGUCCGUGGCGACAUCGACGUGCUUCACAUUAAGGCGAAGAAGCCGGAGUACCUAGCGCUCUGCGAGCUUGCCGCGCAUGUGACCACAAGGUUUUUUGUCUACACG